AUGCGCUUCCUCGUACCGCUCAUUGCCUUCGUAGUGGCGGGAUGUUGCCAAUCGUUUGAUCCAUUAGCCUUUGUUGACCCUUUAAUCGGUUCCCAACGCGGCGGGAACGUAUUCGCCGGUGCGACACUACCAUACGGCCUCGCCAAGGCCGUAGCCGAUGUCGACGGGGAAAAGACUGGAGGUUAUUCGACCGACGGGAGCAACAUCACCGGCUUCAGUAUCGUCCACGACAGCGGCACCGGCGGAAACCCCAGCCUGGGCAACUUCCCGCUCUUCCCUCAGCUCUGCCCCGGCGACGAGCUUAACAACUGUAGAUUCCGCAUCGGGGACCGGGCGACGCAGCAUGAAGCGAACAAGACCGUCGCCGAGCCGGGCUACUUCUCCGUCGAGCUGUCGUCCGGCGUGAAGGCGGACAUGACGGUAUCUGAGCACGCGGCGCUCAUGCGGUUCAAGUUCCCGAGCGGCGGAAGCGAGCAUCCGCUCGUGCUGUUGGACUUGACAGAUCUUUGGGCGAGCAGGCAAAACGCGUCGAUCAAGGUCGACACGCCCACAGGGCGAAUGUUUGGAAACGGGACAUUCCUGCCUAGCUUCGGUGCUGGGUCGUACGUGCUUCACUACUGCGUCGACUUCUUUGGCGCCCAGGUCUUUGAUACUGGGGUAUGGGUCAAUAACAGAGCCGGUAACGAGCCCAAGGAGCUGUUCAUCACGAGAGGCUUCAACCUGUUUGACCUCGAGGGCGGCGGCUUCGUGCGCUUCAAAGAGCUGACCAACGACACUGUCACUGCCAGAGUGGGAGUCUCGUUCAAGAGCAGUGAUCAGGCAUGUCGCAACGCAGAGAAGGAGAUUCCGGAUCCGCUGAACAACUUUGAUUCGCUGGUGAAGACAGCAAAGGACGCUUGGAGAGAGAAACUGAGCCCCGUUUCAGUCAAGGCAGCUGGCGCAACGGAAGACUUGCAAAAGAGUUUCUGGAGCGGCUUAUACCCUCAAGCGCAAAUGAUAAACUCCAUGCUCGACAUCUACAAGCACGAAGGCUGGCUGCCAGACUGUCGCAUGUCUCUCUGCAAAGGCUGGACUCAAGGAGGCUCCAACGCCGAUGUCGUAAUCGUCGACUCCUACGUCAAAAACCUAACCUCGAUAGACUGGAAGGUGGCUCUCGCGGCCAUAACGAAAGAUGCCGAGGACGAACCCCUGGAGUGGUCUUAUGAGGGACGCGGCGGCCUCACAAGCUGGAAGACCCUCAACUACAUCCCAUAUCUAGACUUUGACCCAGUUGGGUUUGGCACAAACUCAAGAAGCAUCACGAGGACUUUGGAAUACUCUUACAACGACUACUGCCUUGCAACCCUAGCUCAGGGGCUAGGGGAGGGUCAGUCACACGACAAAUACAUUGCAAGAAGUAUGAACUGGCAGAAUCUGUGGAAAGAGGACCAAAGGUCUUUGAUCAAUGGCACCGACACUGGAUUCUCUGGCUUCUUCCAGCCCAAGUACAUGAAUGGAACAUGGGGCUUCCAAGAUCCCAUAGCUUGCUCGAAUCUCGCCGGGUUCUGCUCCCUGACGACAAAUCCGAGCGAAACGUUCGAGGCGAGCAUCUGGCAGUAUCAAUUCAUCGUUCCCCACUCCACAUCAACCCUCAUCGAUCUCAUGGGCGGCGAUGACGCCUUCGUGUCCCGCCUCAAUUACUUCCACGCGUCGCCACUAGCCGACAUCUCCAAUGAGCCCGUAUUCCUGACCGUCUAUCUCUACCACUACGCCGGUCGGCCAGGCCUCUCAGCGGAACGCAUCCACAAAUAUAUCCCCUCGGCCUUCAACUCUUCGCGUGGCGGGUUGCCGGGUAAUGACGACUCGGGCGCCAUGGGGGCUUUUCUUGCCUUCUCCGUCAUGGGCCUAUUCCCAGUCGCGGGGCAAAAUGUGUAUCUCAUCACGCCGCCGUUCUUUGAGGAAGUUAGUGUCAAAAAUCCGGUGACGGGAGGGAAUGCCACUAUCAAAUGUGUCGGGUUUGACGCUGCGUACAAGAACAUCUACGUGCAGAGUGCCAAGCUGGACGAGGAGGCGUAUACCAAGAGUUGGAUCGGACAUGAAUUCUUCAGUCAGGGCAAGACAUUAGAGUUGACGCUGGGAGACAAGGAGUCCGACUGGGGGAAGAGUAAAGAGGCAAGGCCGCCGAGUUAUGUGGCUGUAUCGAAGACGUGA